GCGGAGCCGCCCGUGGCGCCCCCCGCCAGCCCGGGGCCCUUCGCCACGCGCUCGCCGCUCUUCUUCUUCGUGAGGCGCUCGCCGCUGCUGCCGCGCUCCUCCAGCGGAUACUUCUCCUUCGAGGCGGAGCGCAGCCCCGCGCCCAUGAGCUGCGACAAGGCCACGCAGACGCCCAGCCCGCCGUGCCAAGCCUUCAACCACUACCUGAGCGCCAUGGCUUCCAGGUGGCGGUCUCACUCGGUAGCAGAAGAUAUACAGCCAGAAAUCUGGAUUGCACAGGAGCUGCGGCGCAUCGGUGAUGAGUUCAAUGCCUCCUAUUGUCCGAGAAGGGGUUUCUUGGAUAACCGUGCAGGAAACCCCCAGGUCGUCAUCCUGCGCCUCCUGCACUACAUCAUCCGCCUCAUCUGGAGGAUGCAGUGAGUGCUGGAGGCCGUGCAAGACCUAGAGACUGGUCUCCUUGUGCUGCAAAUCAAUGAAGGACAAGUAGCAAAGGGGCUUUCCUGUGCCCUGGAAAACUGCCUUCCUCCAAGGACAGCCAGAAGGCGCCGUGGUCUCUGCGGAUGGAARCCACGCGCGUUGACUGCUGGCUCCUGUGUUCUUGGGAGGCACCGGAGGCUCACGCCUUGCCAACGGACCUAUUGCAACUCUCUGAAGCAGGAUUUUGUCUGAGAGUAGUGUUUACUGUGUUUCUCUUGAACUCUUUUUAUUUUUUAAAGAUUAAUCUCAGAGAAUCAUUUUUCUGUCGUUCCUGGAAACCUGUAGGCUCGGCUUGGAUCUGUUUGGCAGCAGAGAAAACUGAGCCAGCCGAUCUGCAGAGCUGCCUUAGUUUGUAUCACAGAGAUUACUGUACAGUCUUGCAGCCCCUUCCUU